UCGUCAGAUACUAGUUAGUACCCAUUUGUCGAAAUAAAAUUUUGGAAUCAUGUUUUUUAAAUUUCUUACUAUUUCAUUAGCAAUUUUAUGGAUCAUCUUUAUACUGAGACCGGUCGAUGUGAACGGACAAUGCAAUGCUUGUGCUGCAGACACGGGCGUGGCCUGCGUUUCAGAAAUAAGUUUCAAAAUCUGUGUUGGUGGUUAUCCUAAUGGUGAUGCAUUGACAUGCCCUACUGGCUACGUUUGCUCUACGGCAAAUUCCUCGAUUUGCUUGCCAAAAGUACAGAAUAUCACACCGACUUGCAGCGAUUGCAAUAAAUGUGACGCCACCUCAACUUUUGCUUGCACGGGUCUAACAACUUUUGCGCUAUGUCUGGGUACGGGUACAAUAUCAGACAUUGUAGGCAAUUGUGCUCCAUCACACAUUUGCAGUAUUGACUAUCCACAGAUUUGCGGUAAUGCUACAACUGGUAUAAGUGCUACAUGUCCUUCUGUAAUCGACGGCACAUCUCCAGGAACAACAAGUAGCACUCCUACAACAGGCAGCACUCCUUCAACUGUAUCACCGUUUUAUAAUGCCACCUACUUUUGCAGCAAUUUGCAGCAAAGAGGUCGCUUUCCGGUUGGUACAGAUCUAAGCACUACUUGCAGACAAUAUGUUUAUUGCUUCCUCAAUGGUGGUGCUUGGCAUGGUCAGAUUUAUAAUUGCCCUGGUAGUACAUAUUUCAAUAGCACCUCACAGAACUGUGGGGUAGCUAUACCACCUCGCUGUUUGGGUACUGUUCGAAGUUUAAGUCUUUUUGAGAUUGAUUUAGAUUCAUAUUUUUAAUGUGUCAGUUAAUCAGUUAAUUGGUUAAUCAAACUAAUAAUACAUGGUAAAGUGAGUUAUUUUUAUAUAAGUGAUGAUUAAAAUUUUAUUAAGAUGUUUAAAUAUUAAGUGUAUAAGUCAUAUGAGUAAAGUAA